AUGGGCGAGCGUCUUCUCGGGGCGAUCGACAAUCGCGUGUGGGUUGGCGCUUAUAACGCGGCACGACGUACGUGCACACGUCAUAAAUACUCGAUUGCGGGCCUGAUUUUAUAUCGGAUCCCGAUCCAUUCGUCCGUCCGUCCGUCCGUCCGUCCGGUCGUUAUUCCUCGCUCGCAGGCACGUCUUUAUAAGGAAAUGAACAUGAAAAAGAUACAUAAACUCAACGAAGCAAGACGAGAAGUGGCUCCCCCUGAAUGGGACCAGUUCAUCCAGUGUCUUUCGAAGGCGGGUCUCGUAUCAGCUCGGGUAAUUCAUUUUAGCACUCAGAUCCGUAUAUGGACUAGCAACAGGCUCGACCACUCGUAUCAAUUCGUUCUUCUCCAUCGUCCGAGUGUAAUUCCGCCACUAACGCUCUGUAAUCUGUCGAAGGCAGCGAACGUCGAAAACGAGCUGUUGCCUUUGUAAGCAUGGCAGUGUAACAUAAUAAUUUAUGAAAAUGUUUAAAUAUUAUCAGAAAUUUUAUCACGCACAAGAAAUUAACAAAUGUUUUACAUAUAUGAAAAAAGAACGCAAAAUCAGUAUAUUUAAAAAAUUAUAAAUGUCUCUGAUAAAAAAUUCUUAUAUUUUAUAAUAUUUUUAAAUUAUUUUUUACAUUUUAAAUUUAUGAAGAUUUGUUUAAAAACUUGAACUUUUCAAAAUCUUAUUAUACACAUAUAAAGAAUUCUAGAAAAGAUGAAGAUAAAGAAACUGAGAAAUUCUUUAGAAAGUUAUAAAAUUAUACUUAAAUUUUGAAAAAUUUUGAAAUUUAUGUAGAAAUUCUGACAAAUUAUGUAAUUCUUACAAAGAAAAAUUGCCAAAGGUUAUAUCAACAUUAUUAAAUUGAUAAAAAAUGAUAAAGAGAAAUAUAUAUAUAAUAUUAUAUAAUUUUUUAUAAUAUUUAUAAUGUUUGUUGUAAUUCAAUAUAUGUAAAACAAAGCAUUGCCAUAAACAUUGAAAGUUUAACAUUACAGAUAUAGUAACGUAGUAGACAGACGAAGAAAACGCAAGCAAUUUAUUUUUACAUUGGAACGUAGAAUAACGCCACGUGUCGAGUUAAAUGCUAUAAACACGUUUCCAAAAACAAACGAUCAACAUUAUAGUUAUAGAUUGUUUGAAAUGCAUAAAAUAUUAUACGCAAAAAAACAUAAACUGUUUCUCAUUAUGUAAUAUUUUUACAAGUAUUACAAUUUGAAGUCGCGAUGCACAAAGAGAUUCACGAAAAAUCUGAAAGUCUUUAAAUAACAAAAGAGUCUUUUGCUUUAAAUAUAAUUAGAUUUUUUUUACGAAUUUGAUUUCUUGUUUUUUUUUUCUUAUUUGUAAUAUUAUUGCAAUAUUAGAAUCAAGGGCGUUUGUUGGAUUAUUUUCAGGGAAGGGGGAACAAGUACUCCUUUUUCCUGUUCCUGCGUACACUUUUGCCACCAAUCCAAGCAAUCGUGCAUGUGCUGUCAUUUUCCAGAGGAGGCAAAUGUCUCUUCUUACUCCUACAGACACUUAUGAUUGAAAUAUUACUGUUAUAUAUAUUAUGUUAUAUAUAUUAUGAAAUAUUACUGUUAUAUAUAUUAAUGUUGGGUAUUACGUGUGUUACGUGGAUGAUAAUUUUUUGACACGAUGGCUAAUUUAAACUGAUUAAAAAGUCACAAAAUUUCAAGGGAAUAAAAUAGUGGCAUCAAUAAAAAAUAUUAUUAUUGACUACGUUCAUAUCUAGAAAUCUAUGUGCAGUCUGAUCUAUAUCGUGACCUAAGUCAAAUUUAGUCCGCUAAUCUUCUCAUUAUAAUUGACUUAAAGUAUUUUCAAGAUCGCAACGUUGUCUCCCGGAUUUACCUUUAUUGUGAAUCAAUCAUAUUAACAAUUUGAUGUUUAAAGGUUGAGUAACGUGCGUUUACAUCAAAGCGACCUAUUUGAUUUAAUUACUAAAAAGUAAGGCUAACCUUAAAGCCAAGUCAGGUCCUCUAUAAAGUGUUUAUAAGAAGCCUAAAUAAUUUCAGAUUGAAUUUGAGGCCACUGUUUAAGUGCAGGAUGUAAAAACGUAGCCAUUGUUCAAUCAUCAAAUAUUCAAGAUAUAUACUUUUUACAUCUACGAUUUAAUUAACUUCUUUGAUAAAAGGCCAUCGCGAAACAAGUUCCAAUAAACACGGUUACAAAGUACACUUCGAUGAAAAAGAUUGUAUAAUUUUUUUUAUAACUUUGAAGUAAAAAUUCUCUCCGCCCGCGCGAUUGUAGAAUAACAAAUUCCUAACAUUGUAAACGCAAACGGCAUCUUGUUACGUUCACGUGGACAGCACGGAAGCUCCCGAAAAUAAAACUAAAACAGGUGUGGUCAACUUGGAAAUAGAAUAGGCAAGUUCGCAGAUUGGUGUGAAACAACGCCCCGUUUCGUUCUAUCUCGGCAGUUUCAUGGAAAACGUUUCAAGCUGAACAGAAUAGCACACAUAGUAGCCAAUAUAUAAUAUUAUCGGAUUUGCAUGCACGGAAAUCAGUUUACACAAAUUGCGUUUUCCUAUUUCUCUCUCUCUCUCUCUCUCUUCCUCACUCUCUCAAAUUAGUCUUUGAUGAUUGAAGAUCAUAAUCUUUAUUUGAUAUAUAUUUUUAUGGCAACUGUUUUGGCAAAGAUACUUUUGGUGGUUUGCCAUUGCUAUCCAAGAUAAUAAUUAAUAAUCAAUUAAAAAUCGGAUACAUUGUGGAAGGAAUUAAUUUGAAUCUUUGGCACAAAGAACAGACAUAGUUAUUACUAUAAUUAUCACACGGAUUACUCAUACCUUGAAAAUUGCCGGCCGGCAAAAUGAUUCAAUGUAAAUAAAUUUCGCAAUUACUGUAAUUUGACUAUAAUGUAUGGUCAUUUUCGGUGCCAACUGCAUACUUACGGUAUAUUUACGAUUGUUUUAACCAUGCACAUUGUAGUUAUUAAUUAAAUUAUUAUUAUUACGUAAAUAGUAACCGAUUAAUAAUCUAUCAUUAUCAUGAAAAUAUCAUGAUAUAAUUUUAUUGUAUUAAAAUUUGAUAAACAUAUGAAUUAUUAUUACUAAUGUUAUAACGAUAAUAACUAUAAAAGUGGAGCUCUAAGCUAUUAUUAUUUUACCAUGUAAUUCUAGUUGCAGAUAAACGGAGAGAAUUUUCUUCUAAAAUUUACCCUGAAAAUCUGGUAAUUCCAAAGUCGCACACCUACGUCUAAUCGAGGUGUAUCAUCAGGAAACUUCAUAAAAACGUUUUAUACGAAAAUCUAGAGGAUCCAGUUAAAAUAAAUUCUCUGAUCUGAAGAUAACGACUCCAUUAACGUGGCGUUAACCGCAGGGGUGUGUCAUUUGAUAUCUUUACGUAUAUGUGACUUGAAAAAUCGAACGGUGUAUCGACCGCGGGUGGGCGAACACGUUUGCGUCCGAGCCAUUAGUCAUCGCACGGGAGAGAGAAAAAAAAUCGGCCGGUCGUUGUCGAAACCGGGCACCGCGACGAGGGACACCCCCGUCUUUCCCAAUGUCCCGUCGCGGCUCGCCUCGAUUCGCGAUUACGUAAAGAGUCCGCUUCGGCCCCGCGUUUAACGCGCGCGACGUUCCAAUCGUUAUGCGAUUAUACCGUUUCGGCGAUAUCGGCGAUAUCGCUAACGCAGACCGUCCGCGACGCUAAUUGACCCGCGCCCUCCCGGCCGCUUGCGUAAGCGGCGCGCCAUUUGGAUGGAUAAUAAUUCGGUUAAUAAUUCGGUAAGCGCUCGGUGGCCCGUCCCCAAAUUGUUUUCUGCCUCUCGUUUUGAUUAAUGGCACGGCCAAUUCGCCUUACGUCCGCAGUACCCGUAUGUACGCUAAUUGCGGCCCGUUCUUCCCAAGUCCGAGGCUCUCCUCCGUUCCGUUCACGAAAUAUAAUGAGAUACGGCGGGAGCGUCGAAAGUCGUUUACAGAUCCGAUGAUCGAUGGCCAUCGGUGCACGCUUAUCCGCGCGCGCUUGUCUUUAAGCCCCCGCUCCAUCAUUUUUAAUUAAGAGAGCCGAGCUUAUUUGCUUAUCGCCAAGGCGUCUCACGUGGAAUUUGUAAUUACGCUCGUCAGUCAUUAAUUUCUCUCUCUCUCUUUCUUUCUUUCUCUUUCUUGUCUGUAUUUUGUAAAUAAAACACAGACUUGCGAGAAAAGAUCCUCAGCUUGAAAAUUCAAAAAAUGGUAGGGGAGAGUUGCUGAAUGUCGCCUAAAUCCUGUGUACCUCUUCAAUAUUUUAUAGUUUUACUUAAUAUAAACGAUACUCGGUAAUCAAAAUAUGAUGUAAAAGCCCAAAUAAUACUAAAUGCGAAAUAAUCAAAAAUAUUUUAAGUGGUAUACGCAUAUGGCAACUCUUUCCUAUACAUCGUAAUAUGUUGUAAAGUAUUCUUUCUUCCCAAAUUUACCCCUUGACGAGGUGAAAGAUAAAAUGAAUCAAUCCCUCCUAUUUUUCGUUUUUGUAAGCAGAUCCAAAAGCCGUCUAUCUUACCGACAUUUUUUAAAUAAACUAAUCUUUUAAUUGGCUUUAUAGAAUUGUAGUUUCUUAUAGAAUUAAAAUACGCACAAAAAAUCUAGAGAAUCGAUCGAGUUCAUAUAAAAAAAAAUUUUUUUAAUACGUAAAAUUGUCACUUGAUGACAAUAUUUGCUUGAUAUACAAAAUUUACGAUAUAUAUAUACAAAAUAAAACCGUAUUCUUCUAGAGAUAACUGCAUAUAUAAACAAUAUCGUGCAAUUUAAACUAAGAUUAAAAGCCUAAAAAAAAGAUUAGCUCUUUUAACUUUUUUAUAAUUACCAAUCUUAUAGAUUCAGGAUGAUACAAAGAGCAGUCUGCAAAAAAUGUUUUUAUUCUCGGUGUAAAGUUUAAUUUAUAGAUGAUAUUAAUACAUAAUUUAAUUCUGGAAAAGGAUCUUCAAAUCUAUAAAAGGAAUGCGUACGAAAUCUUGUUAAUGAUGUGCACGAAUGACUUUACAUUAUCGACCUCGAUCAAGUUUGACGGGUACUUUAGCAUCCCCCUAAUGAAACAUAUAUGUGCCGGUCCUUUAAACUUUAUAUCUUCCACCAAAAUAAAGAUAACGAUUUCUGUUUGGGGUUAUUUUAGAGAUAAAAGACUCUUCGCAAAAAAUCAACACCCUUUGCGAGUUUUAUCCCUGAUUUGUAUAUCUCGCCAAGUGCAAGUAAGAAAAAA